AUGAAUGAUUCCAAUUUCUGCAAGAUGAUCCGCAUGAAAAGGACCCUUUGCCGAAAAUACAAGCAGGCGAAGAAUGGCAUUGCCGAAAGUGAAAAGGCUUUCGACAUACUCAAUGAAGCAGCACCCGGCGAUUCAAAGACAGAGUGGCUAGCCAGCGAGAGGAUCGCUCAGUCCAGCAGAAUAAAUAAUCCUGCGGCUAUGGAUGUAUAUGAGAUUAAUAUCAAGAAGGCACCGAGCAAAAAGGAGAUCGAGCUUAGGCUACUAGAGGAGGGUAAUGCCCGAAAUGCAGCACCUGCUCGCAGGUCUGUGGCGACAUGGAUAUCAAUGGGGUUGGCGAUUGAAGAGGCUCAAAUCGCAUUGCUCAUCGAGGUCCGAAGAAUUGGUAGAAGAACUACCGAGACACAGAAGUUAGACAUC